AUGACCACAGAGUUGUAUCCUGAUGACUACUUCGGGGGGAGAGACAAAAUUCCACCUAAUUAUAAUAUUGUAGAGCGUAGAUGGUUAAUUGAUGAGAUUAUCAAACCAGAGCUCCCCAAUAUCAUAGACAACGUCGAGAAAUGCCUAGAGCUCUUGAGGAGUGAUCAGAGCUUCAAAAUGCCUAUUAGUAAUGGGGCCUCCAACGAUGUAGAUACUCCUUCUGUGAGAGGUAUCAUAACAAGACAAAGGGGCUUCAUAAUAGAUUUUCAAGCAAUUGUUAAAUUUCCACAGUUUCAUCGCGGUAAAGCCGUAAUGUACAAGAUGGAUCCUGAUACAAAGUUCCCACUUCUACAGAUCAACUCGAUCACCGCAAACCUUUCGGAAGCGCUCAAUUUAUUGGAUUCACUGCAAGUUCAACAAGACACAGAUAAGUUUAUAUUAGAAAUGGGCAAGAUUCUGGGAUUACUUACUAGAUCUAUUAAUUUUCUACAGAACCCCCCUAGAGAGCUGGUCUUCCCAGAAAAUAAUAACAAUGCUAUCAAAAAAAUGUUCUCCUAUCCUAACGAGUUAUGCGAAUCUACGCAUCACUUGAUGAGCCUUGAGCUCGUGAUAUUUCGAAACGAAAUUAGCAUAGACUUUAGAAAUUUAGCAAAAAUCACAACACGGCCCUGGUGCGAUAUCGAUCAAGAAACGGGUAAGUCAUUCACAGAUGUAGUACGAGACAAAUUGAAGACAGAAAGGGGGAAAAAACUAGUGGAUAUUCUGAAGGAGCAGGGCCUCAACGUCGAAGAGCCAUCCCUACUCAGAAACUUUUUCAACACCAACCCAGAAACAACGACACUGGCUCAAGCGCAGGAAAUACUCGCACGAUGCGUUACGUUUGACUCGAAAUUGGUAUCAGAAUGCGAGAAAAUAUCCAUAACAACCAGUGAUCCAAGUUUGAUAAGCAUAAGUUCUAAACUGAAUGGUUUGGAAAAUUGCAUUGGUACCUAUUAUACUAAUCUGGAAUUAGCUUGA